AUGUCGGUCGGAAAAUUAAAAGAAUUCGAUGUCCGAAACGGUCAAUGGGCAUCAUUCGUGGACAGGCUUGAGAUGUAUUUUCUAGUUAACGAUAUUGCGGAAGACAGGCGACUCCCCACCCUAAUUGCUACGAUGGGAGACGAAGCCUACGAGCUGCUCGUAAAUUUAGCCAGCCCGAAGAAACCUUCUACGCUAACUUACUCGCAGGUAGUUGAGCUUAUGCGACAACAUCUUCAGCCGAAGCCGUCCGCAUUAGCCGAGAGAUACCGAUUCCGACAGAAACGCCAGGGGAUCAACGAAGAUGUCACUUCAUACGUGGCGGAAUUAAAGAAGAUGUCACGACAUUGCGAGUUCGGCGAAAGCCUAAGCGACAAUCUACGCGACCAAUUCAUAUGCGGCUUACGUAAUGACGUCAUAAGGCAACGUCUCUUUGCGGAAGAUGACACCAUCACGUUCGUUGAAGCGGUGAAAUUGGCGUGUUCGCUGGAGGCGGCAGAAAAAGAUGCAGCAGCAGUGGAAGGAUCGACGACAGCGGCGGCGGGCGCGGUGCAUGCGCUGGCGGCGGCCGCAGAACGCGGGCAGCGGGCGCGCGCGAGCGGGCAGGCUCGCGCAGCCGGCGCGGCGGCGGAGAAGGUGCGGGCGGACAACUGCGCGGCUUGUGGAGCGCGCAACCACGGCUACGGCACCUGUCGCUUUAGAGACUUUGUGUGUAGCAAGUGUCAGCGCACAGGUCACCUUCGACGUGUGUGCCCUGAGUACAGCGCGCCUGGCGCGGAGAGCUGCAGCUCGGGUUGUCGACAUGGGCGCACUCAAAAGAAGAAGGGGUUCAAUUUCGGCGAAGUCGAUAGCGGCUCAGAUGAAGACGAAUUCGAGGAGCGUUUGAACCACCUCGGCUUAGAUAAGUAUCCACCGGUAUGUUUACCAAUAUCAAUUGACAAUAAGAUUAUUAAAAUGGAAAUCGACACGGGCACUGCUAUCGCGUGCGUUAGCAGAGCAACAUAUAACAAAAAGUUCUCGCAUCUCCCAAUAGAAAGGGAUAGUACUGUUCUUCGAUUUUACAAUGGCUCUAAAGUGAAGCCUAUGGGUAUCGUUAGACCCACAGUACGGUAUUUGGACCGGGAGAAGAAGCUAGAACUUUUUGUCAUCGAAGAUGGUACUACAUCCUUAAUAGGAAGGCAGUGGCUAACGGAAUUAAAAAUAAAAUUGCCAGAUUUUAGCGUAGACCUUGACAUUCAUAACUGUCAAAUCCAAAUUGAUGAAGACAUUUGUAAUUUACUUGACAGGUACAGUGAAGUGUUUAGCGGCGGACUGGGGCGGUACUUGGGUGGCAAGGCGACACUACGCGUGCGCGAGGGCGCGACUCCGGUGUUUCGGCGCGCGCGGCCCAUGCCCUAUGCGCUGCGAGAGCGGGUCGAUGCGGAGCUCGACGCCAUGCUGCGGGAGAACAUUAUCGAGCCCGUCGACUGCUCCGAGUGGGCAUCGCCGCUGGUGCCGGUCAACAAGGCUGACGAAGUCAAAAAGGCUCUCACCAGCACAAAUGUUCUAGCCCACUACGACCCUAAAAAGACUCUGAUAGUGACAUGUGACGCUAGCGCUCGUGGCGUAGGCGGAGUACUAGCGCAGCCUGGGCCCACCGGAGAGCGCCCCGUGGCGUACGCAUCACGCUCGCUCACAUCGGCUGAAAAAAACUAUUCGCAGAUCCAUCGGGAGGCUUUGGCGAUUAUAUACUGCAUGAAAAAAUUCCAUCAGUACCUAUAUGGCAGGAAAUUUGUCUUACGUACCGAUCACAAGCCCCUUGUUUCCAUUUUUGGGCCUAACGCCGGGAUCCCGACUAUGACUGCGAGCAGGAUGCAGCGCUGGGCAGUAAUUUUGUCAGCCUAUGACUAUGAGAUAGAGUAUAUCAAAACGAACGAAAACUGUGCUCACGGGUUGUCAAGGUUACCACCCGGUGCGGACACUCAAGCUAGCGCGGCUGAAGUAGUUCCAGAACAAACAUACUUACAUUUUGUGCAAGAUGCGCUCUUAUUAGACUACAGCGAGUUAAAGCGGCUUACAGCAGAAGACAACAUCUUGCAGAGGUUGCUGUCUUUUAUCCGCGAUGGCUGGCCAGAGACGUGUGAGAUCUUAGCGAUGAAGCCAUACUUUAACCGGAAAUCUGAAUUGUAUGAGGAAUUAGGUUGUGUAAUGUGGGGCCAUAGAUUAGUCGUGCCGGAGGGAUGUCGCAAACAAAUUUUAGAUCUUAUCCACGAACCACACAUGGGCGUAGUAAAGUCGAAAGCUCUAGCACGAAGUUACGUGUGGUGGCCCGGAAUCGAUGAGGCUUUGGAGCGUAAGUGCCUCGCUUGUACAGUGUGCGCGGCUCACGCGGAUGAUCCUCCUCGCGCUACUCCACGCUCUUGGGGGUGCCCUGCGCAAGCUUGGUCCAGGCUUCAUUUAGAUUUCAUGGGCCCUAUAGCGGGGAAAACGUAUUUGGUGGCCGUUGAUGCGACAUCCAAGUGGCUAGAGGUAUUUCCGGUUCCAAGCACGGCAGCCAAAUUUACCAUCAAUAGGCUUAGUGAACUGUUUAGCAGGUUUGGGAACCCAAGACAAGUCGUGACCGACAACGGCCCUCCCUUUACCAGUAGCGAGUUCAUAGGCACGUCGUCCAGCUGA